AUGGAAAUUUCUGAAAUUUAUGGCCGACUUUAUAUCCGAGUCUGUCGCGAUCCAGUUGGAGUGCGCGACACUGCUGCGUAUUCGUUAAUUUUGCAUCUGCGCAACGGAACAGAGAGAGGCGCCCACAAAGCGGACAGUCCGGGGGUCAUUUAUUGCCCUGUCUGCGGAAUUCAGAUGUUUCCCCGGCUUUUCGGGCCACCUGCGGUCAAUUUGCUCUGCGGAUUAAUCCGCCAACUGUCAGCGACUGACGUUGAUGAUAGACCAGGGGGAUCCCGGCAGUUGUUGUGUGAAAAUCCCCCGGAAUACUUUCGCUUAUCAAGUUUGCCAAACAAAGACAAAGCCAAGUGUCGGCCAAUACACAAGCAGUCUCAUUCUUUGUUUUCGACUUUCAACCUUCCAUCCAGUAUGAGUAGCACCUCGAAAAUUGUAAAUUUUCUAAAACCUCCUGAUGUAUACCCGAGAGGCCCUUUUUUGCAAUCCUGGACAAGUGGAUGGCAUGCUUUUGAAGAACUGUGGCGCAUUUGGAAACAGAUCGAUCAGACCCAUUGCUUCAUGAUGGAGAUUUGCGAAAAAAUAUGCGAGUCACGGUCGGAGUGA